UUGAAACCCAGCAUCAUCCCGCGGUUUCCCCGUUUCAAAGCUGCUGUUUACCCAUUGGAAAUCACUCGAAAAAGCAGCGGAUCCCGAUGGCAUGGACACUUAUGCAAGGUCUGCCGCGCUGCCGCGCUACUGGAGCCUACUUGCUGUCUCUUCAUUCAACCCAGCUCCAUCGCCAUCGCCCCGCAGCCGAGAGAGCCCUGCCGCAACGCGACCAGCGACCACCGAGCCAAAGCAGGCGGCAUGAGGCUUGAUUCAGUACAUUUAUCCAUGCUGGUCAUCGGGGUCUCAUUCGCCUGCUACUCCCCGAGUUUGAAUUCCCUGCAGGACCAGGUUUACAAAUCCGCCGUGGUGAUCGAGGGCAAGGUGCAGUCUACGCCUGUGAACGUCUCCGCGGAGCCCUACCGUGUGAAUGUCAAAGUGCUGGAUGUUUGGCCCCUAAACAGCGGGGGUCUGGAGCGAGAACAGCUCGUCACCGUGGGGGAAUUUGGAUCUGAGGCUCCGUGCACCAAAGUGAAGAAGAACCACAAGUACAUUUUUUUCAUGGACCCUACUGACGAGCCCUUGGUUUUCAAGGCAUCGUUUGCGCCUCGGGACACGAGUGUGAAGAACCUAAAAAAGGAUGUUGGGAAGAUCUUGUGUGAGGACUGCGCUGCGGCUCCAAAGUUAAAACCAAUGAAGAAUCCAAUGAUAGUGGAUGAGGGAAGCAAGCUCAUAGUUAAGUGUGAGGCCACAGGGAGCCCUUUGCCCACCUACAGAUGGUUCAAAGAUGGCAACGAGCUGAAGAAAAGCAAAAAAGUCAAAAUACGGAAUCGCCUGAAAAACUCCACAGUCCAGAUCAGCAGAGCAAAACUGGAGGAUUCUGGGAAUUACACAUGUGUGGUGGAGAACCGGCUGGGAAAGGACAACUCCACUGGCACUGUUAACGUCCAAAGCAUAACCACAACGCCAUCUCCGCGCUCAGGCCACGCCAGAAGAUGCAACGAGACAGAGAAGCCCUACUGUGUGAAUGGCGGCGACUGUUACUUCAUACAUGGUAUAAAUCAGCUCUCCUGCAAAUGUCCGGAUGGAUACUUCGGCCAACGAUGCUUACAGACUGAGCCGCUGCGGUUGUACAUGCCCAAUCCUUUAAAAAAGCAUCUUGGGAUUGAAUUUAUGGAGGCAGAGGAACUCUACCAGAAAAGAGUCCUGACAAUCACGGGUAUUUGUGUGGCUCUGUUGGUGGUGGGCAUCGUGUGUGUGGUUGCCUACUGUAAAACCAAGAAACAAAGAAAGAAGAUGCACAAUCAUCUGCGACAAAACAUGUGUCCAGAACAUCCCAAUCGUAACCUUGCUAACGGACCCAAUCACCCAGGACCAGGCCCAGAGGAAAUCCCUAUGGUAGAUUACAUAUCAAAGAAUAUCCCUGCAACUGAACGAGUCAUACGGCCUGCAACAGAGGGAUCGCUCCCUGCCAGUCAUGCCUCUUCCAGAUCUCACAACUCUUCCACACGAGCCCAUUCAUCAACUCACAGACAUGAGGAACGGACAUGGAGCCUGGAACAUUCUGACAGCAUCCUCUCUGACUCGCCGGGAAUGAUGUCAUCACCCGUGGGGACCAGUAAAUGCAGCAGUCCUGCCUGCAUGGAGGCACGGGCCCGGCGCGCUGCACACUAUGGUUACUCUGACCCUCAUCGGCCGGGCCUGCAGUAUGGAGACUCCUUCGACUCGCUGGGAGACUCUCCGCACAGCGACAGAUAUGUGUCAGCCCUGACGUCACCAGCCCGCCUCUCCCCAGUGGAUUUCCAUUACUCAUUGCCCUCGCAGGUGCCUACCUUUCAGAUCACAUCCCCCAAUGCCAGCCAUGCCAUGUCUCUCCCUCCUGCUGUCCACAACCCCUACCCUCUGGAGGAUGACCAGCCUCUGCUGCGCCGCUACCAGGUGCCCCUUCACGAUGCCCAGUGCCAGGAGCCCUACCAGCAGCAGCGUCGCACCUAUCUAAAUGACAGCAGGGGCAGCCUGCCCUCCAGCCCCUACCGACUGGCUAAAGAAGAAGACUAUGAGACCACCCAGGAAUAUCUCUCCUCUCGGGAGCAACCAAAGAGAAGUGGAUCCAGUGGAACUGGUAGCCGGCGCUGGCGGAGAUCCAGACUGAAUGGCCACGUAGCCCCACGUGGAUAUGAGGCAUCUCGGGACUAUGGGUCUCGAAGCUGCCUAACAGAUAGUGAGUCAGAGGAGGACGGUGAGAGCACGCCCUUCCUCAGUAUGCAGAACAUGAAUGCAGAGCCCUCCACCAUCUACAGGCCGGUGGACAGUCGGACUUCUCACUCAUCGGGGCGGCACAGUGGGCAUGGGAACAUGCCUACAAGACUUACACACUCACGCUCCAAACCGGACAAUACACCUCAUUAGAGUGAAAAUGAACCAACAAAAAUCAAUAUAGUAUAGACCUGCAUCUAUAAGAAAUAUUUUUAUUUUAUAUAACUGACAGAUAUUCUAAACAAAUGAAAUAUUUAUUUUCAUUUUAGCAAAAGUUGUCUACUAGUUAACAGCAAAGACUUUUUUAUAGGGAAAACUCUAUUUAUAUGUACAUUUUGAUUUACAGCAUAAAAAGAUGUGCCAGUUUUUUCACAACGUAAAAAAAUAGAGUAAUAUUGUGGUGCCUUUUGCUGUAUGCCGAUGCCAGAAGGCCAGUGGAGGUUUUGUAGCCUUUCUUAUAUGGACGCCUCAUUUUUUAUACACGUUAUGUUUUUUUUUCCUCUCUGGUUUACUGUUUUACUUUCUUUCCAAGUUGCAUUCUUUGAGGAGUCUAGCCCCACUGGAACAUAACCCCUUCCAUGUCACGCAAUAUAAACCACUUAUACAUAAAGUGUAUGUUUACAUUAAUAUAAUUCACCUGUAGGGUUUAUGAUUUGGGUUCUAAUAGAACGGCUGAUAAAUACUAAGUAGAUCCUUUUUUUCCCUCUGACUAAUGUCUAGUGUGUGUGUGUGUGUGUGUGUGUGUGUGUGUGUGUGUGUGUGUGUGUGUGUGUGCGCAUGCGCGCACGCGCGCACAUGCUGUGUUGUGUUGUGUGUGUCUGUUUGCCAGUUUUGCUUGCAUGUAUUUGUGAUUUUAAGAUGAAUUUCAUUGUGUGUCGUGAUGACAUCAAACGUAUGGGUCUACUGGUGUCUGAAAAAAAGUGUGUCAGAGGUUCACAGAAUAGUGCUUUAUCAGAACAGUGACCCCAAUGUAGGUGGACAGGUAAGGCUGCUGUAGGGUUGUAUGUUAUGCAGGUCAUUGCUUGAUGUGUUUACAACUAUUCUGCCCCUUUCUUAGCCUGCCCCAAAUAAGUCCCUUUUUAUUUCCCAGCAGGUUUUCCUCAUGUUAGUCUGUUAUGAGGCCAACAAACACUGAGCCGCUUGGCACAGGGGGACCCCUGCCAUCAGAGGUGAUGGCAAAACAAAAAGAUUGCAUCUGUUUUCACUCAACUCAGCCCCUAAUCCCAUGCCUCAUCGUCCUUCUGUGUCCAUUCUGUUUUUGUAACUUGUGUUAAAGCCCACACAGUGUCUCAGGAUUUCCACAUGCCCCCCUACCCCCUCCACUUUAAACCCCAUCACCCUCUUCCUCAACUUAAGGUCUACCUAAGACUAUGGUUCUCAGAUAAUAAAGGCCUAAAUGUUAACAUACAGUCUACCAGUUUCCUGAACACCCCCAUACAGAAAGAAGGAAAGUCAAGUGGAAGCAGCUCAGUGGAGAACAGUGCAGAAAAUACUAGACAAUAUACAUGAAAAUAGCUGUGAAACUUUGGAGGAUCAUACAAUGCAAAAAUAUGCAAACUUUCUAUUUUGCUGUUUGAUUACAUCAUUUUCUAAGAGGUGACUGUAGUGUGUUGUGUGUGGGGAAAAAAACAAUGUGAUCCCUAUAGUGUAGAAUGAAAUAACAUGAUAUAAAUGCAUAUUUACAUGAGUUAGUUUUUAAAGCCAUUAUGCAGCCAUCUAUAAAGUUGUCAGCCUUUCUUGUUCACAUACUCGUGUCCAUUGAAUGACUGUGUCCAUGAAUUGUUUUAUCACUUGAUUUAGACCGCUCCACGUUACAGGCACACUUCCAAGUAAUGUCAAAUAGCAUCCAGGUAGUGUCUCCUCCAAAAGUACUGUGUACUGCUUUGUCUUGUUGAAAGAUCUAGUCAUUUCAAAUUUACUCCGUAAAUGAUGAUCAUUUUUAAGCUAAACAUUGAAGCCCCCUGUCCUCCACUGAAGGAAAAGUAAAUAUUUUAAAGGUAAUUUAAGAAAUGUCAAACCCGUUGAAAGUGACUCAGUGAGAGAGAACAGUUGAUGUUUCAUCACUGUUGGUAUGUUUCUACUUCUCAUAAAAAACAAAAACUGUAUGCUGAAUUAUCAGAUUAUUAUUGGUUAAAAAAACUUAAAAAUAUGUAUCUGCAAUUCUAACUGCUAUAUGGUAAAUGCACAGUGGUAUUGUUGUAGAGAAAGGUCUUUGGUUGUCACAGCUCACGUGCAGAUAUUACAUUGAGUUUCUCACAUCUGGGUCUAAUUUUGUAUGUCUGAAAAAUGCAAAAGAAGACAGUGCUCCUCUAGUUUAAAUGUGAGACUCCCUUCACUUUGCCAGUCCUCUCACCCAAUUGAGAUGCUAUCAGGCAUGUCCUGCCAGUCUCUUCUGUUUAAUUUUAUGACCCGCCCUCCCCCACCCCCUCACCUGACCCCACCCUCGCUUGAAAUGUUUAAACACCUCUCCUCUGCAUGUCCUUGUGGUCACGGUUAGAUGGGUGCAUGGUAAAAAAGCAGCAGAAAAUUCUUUUCCAGUCAGUGAAAGUGUAUUUCAUUUAACAUUCAGCAAUAAAAAAGAACCUUUCCCCCAUGUCAUUCCUGAAAUAUGCUAGGAAAAAAAAGAAAAAAAUGGGAGAUUGUCAUAGAUUGUAAAAUAAAAUGAAAAAUGAAUCCA